AUGCGGUUUCUCGCAUUUCUGCCCCUCUUGUUUGGAGCGCUGUCGAACCUGGUCUUUGCGACAGAUAAUGGCAAGACUACUGAUGUUACGUGGGAUAAAUAUAGUCUCUCGGUGAAAGGGGAGAGAUUGUUUGUCUUUGCGGGUGAAUUUCACUAUAUGCGUCUUCCUGUUCCGGAGUUGUGGCUGGAUGUUUUUCAGAAGCUGCGCGCGAAUGGUUUCAAUGCGGUUUCUCUCUACUUCUUCUGGAGCUUCCAUUCCGCCUCGGAAGAUACCUUCGACUUUGAAAAUGGCGCCCACGAUAUCCAACGCGUCUUCGACUACGCCAAACAAGCCGGUUUGUAUGUUAUUGCCCGCGCAGGUCCGUACGUCAACGCCGAGACCUCAGCAGGUGGAUUCGCCCUGUGGGCAGCGAACGGUCAAAUGGGCAGUGAACGCACCAGCGCCUCAUCAUACUAUGAUAAAUGGCUCCCCUGGGCUCUGAAGAUCGGCAAGAUCAUCGCAGAUAACCAGAUCACCAACGGCGGACCGGUGAUCCUAAACCAACACGAGAAUGAACUCCAGGAGACCACCCACAGUGCGACUAACACUCUCGUCCUGUACAUGGAGCAGAUCGCAGCCGCGUUCGCCGAAGCAGGCGUCGUUGUACCCAGCACACAUAACGAAAAGGGUAUGCGGUCGCAGAGCUGGUCAACCGAUUACCAAGACGUUGGCGGUGCAGUGAACGUCUACGGCCUCGAUUCGUAUCCCGGCGGACUUUCAUGCACAAACGUCAACUCCGGCUUCAACCUAGUCCGCACUUAUUACCAAUGGUUCCAGAACUACUCCUACACACAACCAGAAUACCUCCCCGAGUUCGAGGGCGGUUGGUUCCAGCCUUGGGGUGGGUAUUUCUACGACGUCUGUGCCGCGGAGCAUUCGCCUGAAUUCGCCGAUGUGUACUACAAGAAUAAUAUUGGGUCGAGGAUUACAUUGCAGAGUUUGUAUAUGGUCUUUGGCGGGACGAAUUGGGGACAUAGUGCGGCGCCGGUCGUUUAUACUUCUUAUGACUAUGCGGCGCCCCUACGGGAGACGAGAGAGAUUCAGGAUAAGCUUAAGCAGACUAAGUUGAUUGGGUUGUUUACGAGGGUUUCGAAGGGGUUGUUGCAGACGGACAUGGAGGGGAAUGGGACCGGGUAUACUAGUGAUGCUAGUAUUUAUACUUGGGCGUUGAGAAAUCCGGAGACGAAGGCGGGUUUCUAUGUGCUUGCGCAUAGUACGAGUUCAUCCCGUGCUGUGACGACGUUCUCGUUGAAUGUUAAUACUACGGCUGGUGCUUUGACUAUCCCGGACAUUGAACUUGACGGUCGCCAAAGCAAGAUUAUCGUCACGGAUUAUGAAGUCGGCAAAGCCUCCAGCUUGCUCUACUCAUCCGCCGAGGUUUUGACUUAUGCCACGCUCGACGUGGACGUGAUCGUGUUCUACUUGAACAUUGGACAACAGGGUGUCUUCGCUUUCAAGAAUGCUCCGUCCCACUUGACGUUCAAGACAUACGGUAACUCCAACCUGACUUCGACCACUUCAGGAAAUGUAACGCAGUACUCCUAUACCCAAGGAGAGGGCACGACCGUUGUCAAGUUCUCCAACGGCAAUCUGCUUUAUCUUCUGGAUAAGGAGACGGCAUGGAACUUCUUUGCCGUGCCCACGUCAUCGAACCCGAUCGUGUCUCCCAGUAAGCAGAUCCUCGCUCUGGGUCCGUAUUUGGUUCGCGAGGCGAGUAUCAGCCAUGACACUGUGAGCCUGAUUGGUGAUAAUGCAAACACCACCGCACUCGAAGUAUACCCCGGCGACUCCAAGGUCACCAAGAUCAAGUGGAAUGGAAAACCCAUUUCCACCAAGAAAACCGCAUACGGCAGUCUCAUCGGCUCAGCCCCCGGCGCCGAAAACUCCAAGAUCUCCCUGCCAUCUCUGACAUCCUGGAAGUCCCAAGACACUCUGCCCGAGAUCAAGCAAGACUAUGACGACUCGCGCUGGACAGUCUGCAACAAGAGCACGUCGGUUAACUCCGUCGCACCACUCUCCCUGCCCGUCCUGUACUCAGGCGACUAUGGAUACCACGCCGGCACAAAGGUCUACCGCGGCCGCUUCGACGGCAAUGCCACCGGCGCCAACAUCACAGUGCAAAACGGUGUCGCCGCGGGCUGGGCAGCCUGGUUGAACGGCGCCUAUGUGGGCGGCGCACUGGGCUCUCCCAGUCUUGCAUCUACAUCCGCCGUAUUAACCUUCAACAGCACCUCCCUCCUCGCCACCGAUAACGUCCUCACCGUCGUAAUGGACUACACCGGCCACGACGAAAACAACGUCAAGCCCGUCGGCACCCAAAACCCGCGCGGUAUCCUCGGAGCCACCCUCCUCGGCGGCGGAAACUUCACAUCCUGGCGCAUCCAAGGCAACGCCGGCGGCGAAGCAAAUAUCGACCCCGUCCGCGGCCCCAUGAACGAAGGCGGUCUCUACGGCGAACGCCUAGGCUGGCAUUUACCCGGGUACAUAGCGCCCAAGAGCGCGGGCAGGUCGACCCCACUCGAGGGCGUCUCCACCGCAGCCGGACGCUUCUACACAACAACCUUCAAGCUGAAUCUAGACGCGGAUCUGGACGUGCCGAUCGGGCUGCAACUCGGGGCGGUGGCUAAUACGACGGCGGUGGUGCAGGUGUUUAUGAAUGGGUACCAGUUUGGCCAUUAUUUGCCGCAUAUUGGACCGCAGACGCUGUUCCCGUUCCCGCCGGGUAUUAUCAAUAAUCGGGGGGAGAAUACGUUGGCGAUUAGUUUGUGGGCGUUGACGGAUGAGGGGGCGGCGUUGGAGACGGUGGAGUUGGUUGCUUAUGGGGCGUAUCGGACUGGAUUUGAUUUUAAUCAGGAUUGGGCGUACCUGCAGCCGCGGUGGAAGAAUAAUCGGAGGGAGUAUGUUUAG